AUGGAGACAGAAGAUGAUGAGGAGGGAGCAGGUGACAAAAGGAUGGAUCUUUUGGAACUUCAAUACUACUUUGAGCAAGCAGGGGCAGGAAUAUCAAAAAAUGAAAUGUUCUGCACAUCAGCAGCACUUUACAACUUGGGUCAACGAGAAAUAAUAAAGAAGUACAGGUUCUGGGGAAAGAUAUUUGGUCUUGAAAAGAAUUACAUCAUUGCUGAGGUGGAGCUAACAGAAGAGGAGACUACGCAACGCAUUGAGCUAGGAGAAGAAGGUGAAGAAGGUGAAGAAGAAGGUGAAGAGGAGGAAGAAAAAAUUAAACUCAAACCUGCACCAAAGAUACCACGACCACCUAAAUCCAUGUAUAAGAAGCCACCUGAUGUGCCACCAGAAAAAAUAGGUGAAGGCACAAAUCAAAAGGUCUACUUUGUUUGUAAUAGACCUGGGGAAGAAUGGAUAGAAUUACCCAAUGUUACACCCCAACAAAUUACUACUGCUCGUCAAAUUAGAAGAUAUUUCACAGGAAAUCUGGAUACAGAGAUGUUUACAUAUCCACCAUUCCCUGGAAAAGAGAUUAAUUAUCUUCGAGCACAGAUUGCUCGUAUAUCUGCAGGAACUCAGAUCUCUCCACUUGGAUUCUAUAAUUUUGGAGAGGAUGAGGAAGAAGAAGUUGAAGAAGAAGAAGGAGAGGAAAGGAUCCCUGUUCCAAAUGCAGCUUUUGAGCCAGUGCCUUUAAGAGAUCUUCUCGAUCCAAGCAUGUCCUUCUGGGUCCAUCACGGAAGGCACAUAUUGAAGCAAGGCCGGACGAAAUGGUGGAAUCCAAAGCAAAAGUCAGAGGAUGAGGAAGAAGCAGAGGAAGAAGAAGAAGAGGAAGAAGUAGAACCAGAAGUAGGACCUCCAAUGUUCACACCCCUUUCAGAGGAUGCGGCAUUAGAAACUAUGCCUGCUUGGAGUGUUCGAAUAGGAUCUCAAAUUGUUAAAGAUACAGCCAUUGCCUUUGUUCGUUCAAAUUUAUGGCCUGGUGCAUUUGCUUUUGCAGCAGGCAGGAAAUCUGACAAUAUUUAUUUGGGAUGGGGCCACAAAUAUGUUGCUCAUAACUAUUCUCCUCCUGGGAUGGAGUCUAUUCAAACAGAAUACCCCCUUGGACCAGAAAUAAUGGAAAUUGAGGACCCAUCUGUAGAACAAGAAGAAGCAUGGAGACUGGCUCGCGAGAAAAAGAAGGCUCGACCCGAAGAAGAAGAAGAAGAGGAAGAGGAAGGAGAGGAGGAAGAAGAUGAAGAUUAGAAUAUCUGUGACAACUGUAUUUUUUACUCAUCAUUAUUAUUUCCACUUUUGUUCUUUUAUAUAUUUUAUUUCAUGUCUU